AUGUCAUCACACGGCUCUAGUCAGCAUGUGUCAAGGUUGACCGGAACUGCCAGCAGAGACGAGGAGGAAUCUGACCUAUGGUCAUUCCUCAACCGUAAAAGUGAGGGUCGCACCCAUAUUGCGAAAAGUAAUCCACAGACUGACUUGUGGAAAGAGCUACAGGCUGAGGAUGAUGUUUCCCGCACCCACUUUUACAGCCUUGCGAAGAAGUACCUCCGUAUUGAAAAUUCUGUAUCGGCACUCUACCGCCGCGACUGCGGCGCCUCAGGUAGUGCACUUGGUUGGGAGGAAAGAGUGAGAGUUGAUCGUAGAUGGGCUCCUGACGAUCAACGAAAAGGAAAGAAGUCACGCUAUAAGCCCAAAAAGUCCUAUACCCUAGUUUCUCGUCGCGAUUGCGACAGGAAUCAAUAUACGCCUUUGAAUGCGUUUGUAUCGGCUGUUCUUGACAAAUUAGAAGUGGCAAGCCUGCUCGGAGAACCUGAGCCCAUGAAAAAUCCUCCAUCGGCCAGGAAUAGUAAAAAAUAUUGUCGCUAUCAUCGGGAUAAUAGGCACCAUACCGAUAAGUGCCGAGCUCUCAAGCAGGCGAUUGAAGACCUCAUUAAGCAGGGACACUUUAAGGAAUAUAUUGAUGACUUCGCUCCCUCGCAAGAGAAAAAUCAAGGGGAACCAAGUAAGAAGCAUUGUGAUUGCAAAAGGGUGUGCACCCUCAAUUUAAUCUUUAGGGGACCGCACUUCACAAGGAACUCGCGAGGUGACCAGGAAAGGUAUGCUCGUGCAGCCCAUCACGACACCAUCAGAAUGAUGAGCACGAUGCAGCAGCCACAAAAGGUUCGCAAAGAGGAGGAAAUUACCUUCCCCGAAAAGGAUGCAGCUUGA